GGGGCAGAACCCUGGGGCCAUCGCUGGGUAACGGGCCUGUGACCUCAGCCCCGGGCGGGCAGCCCCGGGAGCCAGAGGCAACAUGAGUGUCUCGGUCACACUGGCAGAGCUGGCGGACGUCGCUUUCCGCACGCCCAACAGCGGCAGCAUCAACGCCGGUGCCCUUCACCUCCUCCUGCGAGGCCUCCUGGAGCACCUGCGCCUGCAGGAUGCCUCCACGCAGGUCUCGGAGGACGAGAGGGGCCUCCUCGAGCCCAGGGCUGGGGCUGCAGGGAGGCCCCGCUCCCUCCUCCUGCAGCCGGAGGGGCAGCCAGGCUGCCCCAGCGGGUCCCCGGGCACCGUGGAGCUGCCGACCCCCAGGCAGGACGUAGGCAGGCCAGACACCGACACGUGGCAAACGGCGCAGCUGACAAAGAGGAUGGAGAUGAUUGAGGAGGGGAUGACGAAGGUCACGGACAAGCUACAGGAGAUGCUCAGCACCAGCUGCUCUCUGAAAACCACCAUCGAGGCCUUCCAGGAAGAGCUGCAGCUCCUGAAGGACAAUUUCCAGAAGGCUGGUCUGGAGGAGCUGCAAGAACGGGCGGCACAGCAGGACAAGCACAGCAACCUCCUGCAGAACAUCCUGGGCCAAAUGGCAGAGGUGCGGCGGGAGCUGGGCACCUUCUCCUGGCAGGCCGGUGUGCUGUGCUCGCUCUGCAGGGUGCCCACUGGCGAGCUUUCCAGCCGGGAGCUCAGCCCUGAGGCCCCCCAGGAGCCAGCCCAGCUGAGCUGGCUGCCGGAGCGGCACGUGGCCGUGGAGACCUGCAUCAGCUGCCACGAGAACCAGCUCCAGCGGCGCGCAGAUUUGGGGACCCUGGAGGAUGUGGCCACCCAACUGGAGAAGGUGCAAGGCGAACUAAAGCACCUGCAGGGCAAAGGAGAGAAGGGGCCAGAUUUUGGCAGGGAGGUGCUGAGCCAGGUGGGGCAGCUGCAGGAGCAAUGUACGAGACUCCAAGAGGCUGCAGAGCGGCUGUGGGCUGACACCGAGGACACCCAGAAAGCAGACGAGGCCGUGCUGGAGACCAAAGUGAACCAGGACGAGCUGCAACGCGCCAUGGCCCAGCUGAGCGAGAUGAUGCAGGACCUGCUGCAGAGGAUGUCCCUGCAUGGCCAGGCCAGGCAUAAAGCCCUGGAGCUCGUCAGCGAGGUGGACUCCAAGGUUCAGUGGGAGCAGGUUUGGAGGCUCAGCAAGCAGUGCCACUGCCAGGGGCCUUGCUUCGAUACCAGCGGUCCCGCCGGCCUCAAGAGGCACCACUUCCACCCAGUGAAGUGCAUCUCCUGCGACAGACCCCUGGCCGUGGCCCCAAGGCCGCACUUGGUGACAGUGCGGAAGUCCAGCCUGCACCUGCAGUCUCAUCCAGCCAGCGCCGGUGGCACCAACCGCACGGCACAGCAGCUGCCGGGGAGGGAGUACGAGGGGAGCAACCAGCCCAGCCGGGGCCCCGUGAGUCCCACCAGGCCACUGUCCUCCUCCAGCUCCCUGACCACCGCCUGUCCCCUCGGAGUCCCCGCGGAUUUCACCUGCCAGAACGGCCAAGUGGAUAUUUUGGGCAUCGACGGGGUCAUCUACAAGGGCAGGCUGAGCUCGCAGGCCGCCAACGGGAACAUCGCCCUGGGCAGGGACUUCCCAGGAACAAAGUCCCCCCAGCCCCCUGCCCAGCACGCUGCGGAGAAAACGCGUCGCACCCCUAAGUACGGCAGCCACUACGUGUCCCCGUACUCGUGUGCUGCCACGCGGACGAGAACCGUCUCCUCGGGGGGUCGGUGGCAGGCCACUGCAGGUGGCAGGAUAGCCGGCGUCUGAGCUGCCCGGGGGGGCUGUGAAAUGGCGCGGGGGUCCAGGAAGGGGCAGGAGCCUCGGGGAAU